AUGGCGCUUGCGCAGGAUCUUUCGUCUGACCUAGCACGAUCGCGUCACCAACGUGAUGUCAAAGUGGAAAAGAAAACUGUGCCUGAAAGUGCAAAACUGUCGUCAGAUAAGAUCAUGGACAUGUGGAACAAGGCUAGGAUACCAACAACUUACCAUACUCAUGUUGUAGAAAAAGUAAAAUCGGUAGUUGAUGACUACAAACUAAUAAAAAGAACAAAAACAGACAAAGUGAAACACAACGAGCACGAGAAAAAGAAUUUGAAAAAAGGAGCACAGGCUAUCAGUGAAGUAGAAGACAGUCUGUUAAGCAGUGCCAGCCAAAAACCACAAACUGUGCAGGAUAUGUUGUCCUUGCCAAAUGUUGCUUCAGCACUGGGUAGAAUAAACCUGUCAGAUAAAAAGUUCCCAGUAUUAACAGCAGCCAUUGCACAAGCUUGUGGGCAAGGCAUCAAGUAUACAUUUCUGUCACGUUCCACAGUUCAACGUAAACGACAGCAACAUCGAUCAACUAUUGACAGCAGUAUUUGCCAACAAUUUCAGGAUCGUGACAGAAACCCCUUUCUGAUUCACUGGGAUGGGAAGAUCAUGAAUUAUGUGACAAACACUGUUGAUCCGCACUUCAGAACUGAUAGACUGGCUGUUGUUGUGACUGGCUGUUAUGUGGAGAAAAUUUCAUCAAGCACGGGACAAGCACAGACCAAUGCAACUUUCUAA